GCGGCGACGACGACGACGGCGACGACUGUAGGCGGGCAGUAGUUCGCUGCGCUCUCGGUGGUAUAUACGGCGGGUGAAUUGUGCGCCAGGUAAAACCGUACGUACCGCGACGACGAGGAUCGGGGCUGUGUCCCGCAAGAAUCAUUGCGACGCGUUUCAUACGGCGUAACACCGUUUUCAUACGCCUCGUCGGCUGGGAAAGAGGAACGUUCUGAGAACGGGAGACGACGAGAGAGGGAGAGGGGGAGAGAGAGAGAGAGAGAGGGACAGAGAGGAAGAUACACGAGCAUUCGGAGAAGGAAAGAAGAGAUCCGCAGGAUUUGCGGAGGAUUCGCGGAGGCAUUCGCCGUGAGCGGACACACUCGUCGAGGAGAACGAGAGGACGUGGAAUCGUAGGUGGGCCGGGAAGAGGAAGGAGAUGAAGGGGAUGCUGGCGCUGGCCGCGUUGCUCGGCGUCCUGUCGCUCGUCUGCCGCGUCCAGGCGGUGUCGGAGAGGCUCGAAUUGGCACCGGCUGGCGGAAGAUCAGAGCCGCAGGUCGCUACCUUGUGCGAAGCUGGCGAGGUGUACCUUGCGCAGCACAUGGGAGAGCAAGGUCGAUGGGUCUCCUCGACCGAUAAGAAGAGCUGCAUGACGGACAAGCUCGAGAUUCUGGAAUAUUGCAAGAAGGCUUACCCGAAGAGAGACAUCACCAAUAUUGUCGAAUCGUCGCACUACGUCCGUGUCAGCGGAUGGUGCAAACCCGGAAGGACCAAGUGCAAGCUAUCUCGCUGGGUCAAACCCUACAGAUGCCUGGAGGGACCCUUCCAGAGCGACGCGCUCCUCGUGCCAGAGGGCUGUCUCUUUGAUCAUCUACACAAUCAAACAAAAUGCUGGGAGUCUCACAGAUGGAACGCCACAGCCGCAGAGACCUGCAGGGAGCGAAAUAUGAACCUGCGUAGUUUCGCAAUGCUGUUGCCUUGCGGUAUAUCCUUGUUCUCCGGUGUCGAGUUUGUAUGCUGCCCGAAACACCUGAAAGAGAAUGUGAAAUCCAAGAAACCGAUUGACUUACCUAUCCCGAAGAAUGUGGACGAUGAUCUUGAUGAGGACGAGGAUGAUCUCGAUGAUGAAGAUGACUUGGACGGCGACACCGAGGACGAGGACAAUUCCGAUGGUGAUCUCGAGGACGUGCUUAGCGAUCAGCCCGAUGAUGACGAGAGCGAAGAGGAAUACGAUGAUCUCGACGAUUAUGACACGACUACCAGUCGACCAUCGACGACAAUUUCUCCGACGGAGAAAACCAAGCAGGAGGCAACGGCGAUGCCGUUGCCGGCCAGUACGAGCACACAGCAGCCUUCUCAACCGCAGGGCACUCCCGAUCCAUAUCUGACGCACUUCGAUCCGCGAUCCGAGCAUCAAAGUUACAAGCAGGCUCAGAUGCGGCUCGAGGAGGUACACAAGGAGAAAGUGACGAAGGUGAUGAAGGACUGGAGUGAUCUCGAGGAGAGAUAUCAGGAUAUCAGGGCCCACGAUCCGGUCGCCGCGGAUGCUUUCAAACGCUGGAUGACUGCGCGAUUCCAAGAGACCGUGGCUGCGCUCGAGGAAAGCGGCGCGGCGGAGAAGCAUCAGCUGAGCGCGAUGCAUCAGCAGCGAGUGCAGGAGGCUGUCAAGCAGAGGAACGAGGAGGCUAUGUCGUGCUACACCGCAGCCCUCAACGAGACGCCGCCGAAUAUGCACCGCAUCCAAAAGUGCUUGCAGAAGCUACUCAGAGCUCUCCACAAGGACAGGCACCAUACGAUCGCUCAUUAUAAACAUCUGCUCGACAGCAGCCUGGAGCAGGCACAGCGAGAGAAGCCGGCGACUUUGGAGCACCUGGCGGAAAUCGAUAGGAUUACCAAUCAGAGCCUGCUGAUGUUGGAACGAUAUCCAGAUCUAAGCGCAAAGAUUGGCCGUCUCAUGGACGAUUACGUUUUGGCCCUCAGGAGUAAGGAUGAAACUCCGGGAUUGCUGCUGGCGAUGACGCGCGAAGCGGAGGCAGCUAUUCUCGACAAGUAUCAGGCCGACGUCGCCAGCAAGCAGCAAGAGAAGGAACAUCAGAAGCAACUCGAACGAGCGCGCAAGGAGCAACGCAAGGCGGAACGUGGCGAGCUGCGCACGGAACAGGAGCAGCACGAGGAGAGCGAUUCGGCCAUUGACACCAAGGAUAUCCCUCAGCAAUCGGAGCAGCCUGCCGCGGUCGCUGCCAUGCACAAUGAGGGAGUGGUCAGAGCAGCGCACAGCAUGACACACGAUGUCUCUCAUUCCGAGCCUGGUUACUCCGUGAGGCGGGAGGUGUACCACAGAGAGAGCCGAUCCGUCUACUUCACGCUCGCGUUCGGCGGAAUAGUACUCAUGGCAGCUGCAGUCGUGGGUGUCGCGGUAUUCAAGAGACGUAGCGCGAGGAGCCCCCACAGUCAGGGUUUCAUCGAGGUCGAUCAGGCGGCUACGCCCGAAGAGCGGCACGUUGCGAAUAUGCAGAUCAACGGGUACGAGAAUCCUACAUACAAAUACUUCGAGGUGAAGGAAUAAUUCGGCCGCCCGAGGCGUUCGCAGUUUUGAUUUCAAGCUGAUUGCAAAGCCAUUCGUUCUCGCGUAUUUUCUUCGAGAAUCUCAUAAUAUUUUGUUAGAGUAAGAUAUAAAUAACGCGUGUGCGUGUACGUGUACACACACAUACGCAUGCAUACACACACACACACACACACACGCAUGCAUACACACCAACACACACAUACACACACACACACACACACAUCUCUAACUCCCUCGAGAUUCUUCCGAAGACAACCACAGACGUGGAAUCUGCGCAUCUCGAAUGCGCCUCUCGCGAAUCGCGCGGGAAUACGCGUCCCUCAAUCAGCAGAUCGUGCUCGCGGCAUUUAUGUAACGUAAUCGCCACACGUUCUCUCUCUCUCUCUUAAACCGCGACUGCGUCGCGGUGCAAGAUCGGUUUCCGAGAGAGCUUGACAAUAUACACGUGUAAAAUAAAGCUUGUAGGCGAGGACACACGCGCGCACAGACGGGGAAGCAGUCGUUGAAAAUUUCGCAUAUGUCUUACGUGAUGUGCCAUACGAACAUGCCAGAUAUGUAUGAUAGAAGCUAUCUUCGGAAGUAUCUCACGCAACACACGCAUCAUUUUACAAUUGCGUUAUCGUCCAUAUGUACUACAUGUCCGGUAAAAACGCAGGAAGGAGCGCGUCUCGUUGUAAAAGUAGAGAGAAACACAUCGUCCUUUAGACUUGACCUCGAUGUUCCUUCGCCUCUAACGUUGUGUGCUCGAGCCGCUCUUCGCUCUCCUCCUGGACGAGAGAACCUCCUUGUCGCUCAAACGACGAAUGGAAGGAACGCGGCGCACGGCGCGUAAACACGGCGUCCUUUUGCGCUCUUUGCUGUAUUUUUAGGUUCUGAUAUUUUCGGAGAUAAUCAAUGGCAAUAAGAGAAAUGUUGUAACGCAGCUUAAUUAAGUAUUUCGCGAAGAGAGAGAGAGAGAGAGAGAGAGAGAGAGAGAGAGAGGAAAGAAGAAAAAAGAGAAAAAGCACGAAGAACACGAUAGCGAUUAUAGUAACUUGUCACUGAGACAGCGUAGAAGUAUAAAAUAUUUCGAUUGUAAUCGCGCGCACAUAAUCGUUGUAACGUUGUGCUAAUUAAUCGAGACGGCAGAGUAAAAGCGAGCUGUAUGCGGGGCACUCUUAAAAUAUCAGAACACAUACUGUCACAAGCGUGUCAUCGUUGCACGUUUCACCUUUGUAAUGCAGCUGUAUUUUUUCCGCCCCUUCACCUAUCCCUUCCUAUUUUCCCCCCUCGUCCUUCCGUUCGAUAUUCCCACUGCCUGGUUUACUCUCGGUGACCUUCUUCAGUACUUAAAAAACACGUCUACUGCUAGAUGAUAAAAAAAAAAAGAGAACUUAAGAUAUAAGGGAAUUAUAA